AUGCCUAGAAAGCUACGAGCAGCUGCACAGGCAGCUGCGCAAUCAAUGAAGAAUGUCGCGCCUCCACUUGGAGAUGGGUCAGAUGAAGAAAUGAUUGAAGCGCCUCCGUCGCGUGAAUCGUCCGCUCCCGUAGUACCAGACGAAGCAGAAGAUGAGGAAGACGCGAAGGAGGGAGAGAACGCAGGAAAAGAAGAACAAGAAGGAGCUUCUUCAUCGAAGGCGGAAGAACCCGAUACCCCAGCGCAACCUGCGUUAGCACAGGGCGAAGGAGAGGAAGCCGCAGCAACACCCGCACAGGACUCUAAUCCGCCGUCACGACCCGAUACCCCGACACACCUCGAGGCUGGCCGCGUCUCGGCCAUCCCUCGAAAACGACGCAUUGGCCGUCCGCCAAAGAACCGCCCUCCGGACUGGGAUGCGCCGGCUGACGGAUCGCCACAAAUCCAUGUGAGCACUCCAGUUAAGAGGAGACGUGGCCGUCCGGCUGCGAGUGGAGGGCGAUGGGGUCGAGGCCGCGGGCCGUCGCACGUCACGCAGGUCCCGAUCGAUAAAGAAGGGAAUAUGAUGGAUGUCAUCGAUGAUGAAGUGGCUGUUCCCGGCGACCCAGAAGGUGACACGAAGGUCGAUAAGAAUGGUAUACUGCAGGGUGGACGUGAGUACAGGGUUCGGACGUUCACAAUUCUCAACCGUGGUGAGCGACAGUACAUGUUGUCUACGGAACCGGCGAGGUGUAUUGGGUUUAGGGACUCGUAUCUUUUCUUCCAAAAACACAAGCUACUGUACAAGAUCAUUAUCGACGACGAUGCCAAGCGCGAUUUGAUCGAGAGAGACAUUAUCCCCCACUCCUACAAAGGUCGCGCUAUUGGUGUGGUGACCGCUCGGUCUGUGUUCCGGGAAUUUGGGGCUAAAAUCAUCGUCGGUGGCCGGAAAGUUAUUGAUGAUUAUCAAGCUCAAGCUGCCAGAGAACGUGGCGAUGUGGAGGGUGAGCUCGCUGUGCCGGAGGACAAGCUCCCCCCGCCAGGAGAACCCUACAACAAGAACCAAUAUGUGGCAUGGCAUGGUGCUAGUAGCGUUUAUCAUACCAGCACGCCUGCUGUUCCUAUACCUGGUACUGGAAAGGUGGUGGAUUCCAAGAAACGGAGGGUUACUGUUACAGGAGACAACUGGAUGUUGGAACACGCUCGGGAAGCUGCCAACUUCAAUGCCGUCCUAUCACAUACACGCCAGCAGAACCUCGGAGGCGUCUAUGACAUUCACACGAACAUUAUACACUAUCCCAAGAUUAUGCAACCAACGCACGCUCGUUGGGAGAGAGUACCUCCUUCCGACGCUCGGGGCGCCAAUAAACUUACGAAAGAAAUGUCAACGCUCACGUUGUCGAACGGCGUUGUCGAACAGGAGAACGCUCCGCCAGAACCAGAAACGGAAAUCCAGGACAGCAAGCCGGCCGGAGAGACAUCUACCAUCUUUUCUCAAGUCCCAUCCGCUCUCGCACGUCGGUUCGCCGUCCUCGACUUUUACACUGAGAGCCCAACAUAUUCGAACUUGGGCAUACCCGGUCCCGACGGUGACGUCCAUGAUCUGGGUUCGAACGGCUUAAUUAGCGUCGCCAAUCCUAAACAUCCCGAAUUCGUGAACCCCGAAAUCCUUGACGAAUUACCACCUGACUGCAAGGAGGCUCUCAUCGAAGCUGCCUCCCACGAAUGGGAGUGGAAGUCGAGAUGGUGCAGCGAAGUGGAUGAUGGAGCUAGGGUUGCACCGCGGAAGAGCUAUGCGUGGUUUCCUUAAUGCUUUAACGCCAUUUUCUCCUUCCGUGUAUCUGGCGUAAGAUCACAAUCAUGGCUUCUAUUUCUAGCUCGAUAGGUUUCUUUCUUUUCCUUGUUGAUUAUCUGUUUGGACGGUGUAGGUCUGGUGGGAAACGGGAGUUAUCUAGCUACUAAUUUAGUUUUACUCAAUUACUCAAUUUUAAUCCUCAGUGACGUUUU